CUUCUUUUUGGCAACCACCCUUUGAAGAGGCAAAACCCAAAAAGGCAAGAGCACACAUUUCUGAUUUUCUCCAUUUCUCUUUUUAUGGUCGAAAAAAAUUCUCCAUUUCAGGAUUCAGCUUCCUAUCGAAACUUCACUCGAUCUUUACCGUUGAUUUCAUUCUAAUGCCAAUUCAUUCUUCAUCAGUAACCGUCCAUUUCUUUCCGCAUUCUUCUCUCUUUCGCAUUCUCGUAGUUUUUCUUUUUUUCUCGAAGAUUUCGGGUAACCUUCUUAUUUCCUCUAUAAAUCUUGUUUGCUUACUUUCUCGAGAUUUUAAUCGCUUCAAAUCCUAACCUAAGAAUCUAUUAUCGAUUUUUUAGUCUUAAUAUUAUGUAGAAUUUCUGUUGGAUGGUAACCUACCCUUUUUUCCACUUAAUUUUAAUUCACUUUUGCCGUUUCGAUGAAUACCGAGGUUGAGUUUCUGAGUCCUGUUUGGUUUCGAAGAAAGUGCAGGAAAACAUUUACAUAUCGAAAAAAAAACUUGAUUAUUGUCAUUAAGUGUUUGAGAGGUUAUGAGAAAAUUGAUUUAUGAAUAGCAUCCUUAUUUUAAUUCACUUUUGCCGUUUCGAUGAAUAUCGAGGUUGAGUUUCUGAGUCCUGUUUGGUUUCUAAGAAAAAUGCAGGAAAACAUUUACAUAUAGAAAAAUGCUUGAUUAUUGUCAUUAGGUGUUUGAGAGGUUAUGAGAAAAUAGAUUUAUGAAUCGCAUCCUUAUUUUAAUUCCUUGCGUUUUCUUUUUCUUUUUACUAUUUGGUUGAAUACGGAGUUUGAUUUUUCCUCUUUUUCGAUUGAAAUGUUCUUCAAUACUGGGCAUAACUUUAGGUUUUUUCGUGGCUUGAUUUGAUUGUUGAUAUAGCCUUUUGCUAAUUUUAGAACUAAAGUCUCCUGGCCAUGAGUUUAUUUUUCGUUAUUUUCUGUUUUUACCUUUAUUCAUGGUUAGAAAUAGAGAAUGAGGUUAAUUGUCGUUUAAUCUUUGAGUUAGUUGCAGUUGAAUGAUGUUAAUGUUGUUUUUCUACGUAGCUUUUUGUGCAAUUUGUAAUAUAUGAGUUGAAAUGGGAGUUUCCGAUAACAUGCUGCAUAAAGAGACAUCAAAGGUGGCGAGUGGUAGUCAUUCUGAGGGAAGAUUGGGAAGAGUGCCAAAUGAAAAUGGUAACUUUGAUCCCGCAUCCAAGUAUAAACAGCGUAAAGUUUCGGCUGUUCGGGAUUUUCCAUCAGGGUGUGGAAGGUUGGCUGCUCCAAUCACUAGACCAUGUGAGCAAGCACAAGGUCAGGUAGGUUCUGAGUCGCAAAACCGAUUAUUAUUGUCUGAUUGGGUAGAUAAGGUUGAGUGUGAAAGGAGGUUUUCAGGAGACUUUGAAAUUGCACCGUGUUUGGUAAAUGGAAUUUCUGGUUUUCAGAAGAAUUUGCCCAAGGAGAAUGUUGCUGCUUCCAAGGAGGAGCUGGUUCCACAAAGUGUUGUGAAAUACCAUCCUCAUAAGAGCAGUUUGGAGAAGACUUUAGGAAGAAGUUAUCGUCCUCGGAGAGGAGUCACUGUUGUGAGAGACUUCCCUCCAUUUUGUGGAAGAAAUGCUCCACUUCUUAGUGAGGAGGAGCGCAUGAAAUGGCUUAACUCUUUAAAGAACAAGGGUUUCAAUCUAGAGAAGUUUGUAAAUGAAGAUAAACCCUUGGAAAAUCUCAUAUGCACUAAUGUGGAACAAGUGAUAGAGGAUGUUCAGGAUGUAAAUGCACUAGAAGGUAAAAUAGAAGGUAGUGCUCCUAGACUCACUGCAGUAGAAGUUCGAUCUAAACCUGAAGAGCCAGCUUCUGAAACAAUGAGGAAGCAAGGUGCCUACGAAGCUUCUUCCAGGAAUGAUAUGAAAGAGGAUGUGGAAGAUAUGAGUGAAAACAGCAUCAAAUCUUCUUGUGAAACUUUUCCAAAUGAAUUUGAUAGCAAGUUCAAGAAAGUAGCUGAGAUGAGGGAUAGAUAUAUUAGGGGUAUGGAGGAAAAUCCAAUACGUGAUAUUGUUGUCUAUGCAGAGGACAAGGGUUUUGAGAAAAAGCUUUCUGAUUUAUCUGCCUUUGCGGAUCAAUUGCUGGAGGAGGAGCGUGGGUGUCAAGAAGUUUCAUCAGACAGGUCGAUUGUGCUAGGCCUCAUGGCUUCAUCAACUUGUCCUUGGCAACAAGGGAAAAUCUCCUGCAAUCCUGACCUGGAUGGUGGUUCAUUUAGAAGAAAAAGAAAGAAGAAUACCAAGAAGAAUUCUUCUCCCACAAAAAGGGUUCAUGAAGGUCUCGGCCAAGUGGUUAUUUCAAACAAGGAAGACUCAUUCCUGGAGGAUGGGCAAUACACAAAUGAUAAUUUUGCUCGGAGAUCAUAUGGUUAUGAUGUGAGUCUUCCGCCUCAUCCAAUUAGUAUGGGUCAUGACAAUGAUGCGAUGACUAGUCGGAACAAAGUGAGAGAGACAUUACGUCUAUUCCAAGUGAUCUGUCGGAAGCUCUUACAGGAAGAAGAAUCAAAGUUGAAGGGAGAAGGAAAGACUCAUAAGAGGGUAGAUUGCCAAGCUGCAAAGAUUCUCAAAGAGAAAGGGAAAUACGUCAACACUGGCAAACAGAUCAUUGGACCUGUUCCGGGUGUUGAAGUUGGUGAUGAGUUUCAGUAUUUUAUUGAGCUCAAUAUUGUUGGCCUUCAUCGCCCAAGUCAAGGUGGUAUAGAUUAUGUAAAGCAAGGUGACAGGAUCGUUGCUACUAGUAUUAUAGCAUCGGGAGGUUAUGAGGAUGACUUGGAUAAUUCAGAUGUCUUGAGUUACAUGGGUCAGGGAGGAAAUGUGAUGCAGAAAGGUAAGCAACCUGAAGACCAGAAGCUUGAAAGAGGAAACCUUGCUUUGGCAAAUAGCAGAUUUGUGAAGAAUCCAGUGAGGGUGAUUCGUGGUGAGACAAGGUCCUCUGAUUUGUCGGAAGGUAGAGGUAAGACAUAUGUUUAUGAUGGACUCUAUUUGGUGGAGGAGUUUAAGCAAGAACCAGGACCACAUGGUAAGCUGGUCUACAAAUUUAAGCUGGUCAGAAUUCCAGGUCAACCAGAGCUUGCUUGGAAAGUUGUAAAGAAAUCUAAAGUGCGGGAAGGGCUCUGUGCACAUGAUAUCUCACAAGGGAAGGAGAUAAUCCCCAUUUGUGCUAUAAACACCAUAGAUAGUGAAAAACCUCCACCAUUUGUGUAUGUACCUCAGAUGAUAUACCCUGACUGGUGCCGCCCUAUUCCUUCCAAAGGUUGUGAUUGUAUCAAUGGAUGCUCAGAGUCUGGGAAAUGUUCCUGUGUGAUGAAGAAUGGAGGAGAGAUCCCAUAUAACCAUAAUGGUGCCAUUGUUGAAGCAAAGCCCCUUGUCUAUGAAUGUGGUCCUACUUGCAAGUGUCCUGCUUCUUGCUAUAAUAGAGUCAGCCAACAUGGCCUAAAAUUUCAGCUUGAAAUCUUUAAAACAGAAUCAAGGGGCUGGGGUGUUAGAUCCCUAAAUUCUAUCCCUUCAGGAAGUUUUAUCUGUGAGUAUGCUGGAGAGCUCCUUGAAGAUAGGGAAGCUGAAGAAAGAAAAGGGAAUGAUGAGUAUUUGUUUGAUAUUGGAAAUAACUGCAGUGACAGUUCUCUCUGGGAUGAUCUUUCAACCCUAAUGCCUGAUGCACAUUCAAGUUUUCAUGAAGUUGUGCAGGACAGCGGUUUCACCAUUGAUGCAGCACGGUGUGGUAAUAUAGGGAGAUUCAUAAACCAUAGCUGUUCACCUAAUUUGUAUGCACAAAAUGUCCUUUAUGAUCAUGAGGACAAGAGAAUCCCACACAUAAUGCUCUUUGCCGCUGAGAAUAUUCCUCCCUUGCAAGAGCUGACUUACCAUUACAAUUAUAUGAUAGAUCAGGUUCGUGAUGAGAAUGGUGGCAUAAAGAAGAAAAUUUGCUACUGUGGUUCUUCAGAGUGCACUGGCAGGAUGUAUUAAGGCAUGCCACUAAGAACUGUUUGGAUUCCUGAAAAUGCACUGACCUUUUUCAUUAAAUUACACUCAUGACUCGAAUGGAUUCAAAACUUUAAUAUGCAUGGACUAUUUUUGCCUGCUUUAUUUGGGGCGACCAUGUGGAUUUGGCAUUGCAAUAUCUGGAAGCCGCACUAUAUGCUUCAUGUUGCUGUUCAAAUUUCGUGGUUGAGAUACUAGACCCAUGCCCUCCUUGCUUAGAUCAAGUUUCAGGAAAUGGUUUGAUGAUUCUUCACAGGCAUUCCUAGAAUUCAACCUUUUGGCAAAAUGCAUCUAGGAUGCAUGCGAGGAAGCUAAUUGCAGUCUCGAUGAUGUAGGCUUUUAUACGCUAAAUAGUCAAAUAUAAGAAAUUUCUCUACCCCUUAAAGUGUUCCUUUUUUGGGUAUAUUUUCAGGGGAGAGUUGAAAGUUGGACUUUUACCUUUGUUGGAGGGCUGAUAACCGUUUAAGUUAAAUCAAGCAAAACUCAGUAGAUGCUAAAUCUUCUUUUUAUGUAUAUUUUUUUAAUCAUCAAAACAAAUGAAAACAACCAAGAAUAGAAAAUUCCAAGCGUGGGCCCAAUCCU